AUGGAUGGAUAUCUGUCAAACACACUUUUAAACCAAAGAUUUACUUUGGUUCUAAUAAUAAAAAUAACUUUAAAAGAUACAAAAAAAACAAACUUCAAUAGAUUUAGUUCUAUGGAAGUAGAAAACAAAACAAGGGAGAUUACUCCUUUAUAUAAAAAGGGUCAUGCAGUGUCACAUGACGAACAAAAAUCUUCUAAAAAGGAGAACAAAAAAAUUAAA